GCUUUCAAACACUAACCCUCCCUGAGAAAUAUUCACUGGAGUGAAAGUGUGACAAUUUGCCCCGGUUACGUGCAUGCACUGAUGUUCGCCCUCGCGAUCAAUCAGCCAAUCGCACAUGAGCGUGUGUGAGGGAUGACAGUGAACGCGCACGGGAGAGCUGCCAGACCAGCACGCGCUCCGGACCGUCAACAUGGAGCGGCAUUUCCUGUCACGUUCCUGCUGGAAAUAGCAGCUUUUCUCUCUUUCCUCCUGCCGACAAUUAUCUCUGCGAGUGAGAGCACCUGAAUAUGACGCCGCGUGUGCAAUUAUCCACUGAAGAGCAUGUUUUCUGUCUGUCUGGAGUCCAUUUAAACAGCAGUGCAAUGUCUGUGUGAACUCAGUAGAAGAUGUGGAUGUCCUCUGCUGGAUGUAAUAUCUUUUGUGCAUGAACAUCCUGUUGCAUCUGCCUGAUUUCUCGUUGCAUCUGCUGAUGAAGUGAGGUGCUUAUGACACUUUCACCUGGAUGCAUCAAGCUAUUCUAGAGGAAAUUUUAUUGAUCCUCUCACCCUUGGACUCCUUUCAUCUUUGAACUGAGAAGAUGAGUGAAAGCCCUCUGACGGAGUAUGAACUGCUGUCUCUGGCUCCUGUCUCGGGCCCCGGGGCCACAGCGGGGCUCCUGCUGGUUCCUGACACAGAGCAGAGCACUGCGCUUUGUUUUGUGGGUCUCCUGCUGCUGUUUCUGGUGUUCCUGCUAGUCCGUUGUUUCCGGAUUCUUCUGGACCCCUACAGCAGCAUGCCGUCCUCCUCGUGGUCUGAUCCCAAAGACAGUUUGGAGAGAGGACAGUUUGAUUACGCACUGGUGUAGCUGCACAGUUACAAACCACCUGUCUGUUCGAGGUCUAAAAGAAGUUCAACCGUGAAUCUCACAGAUACUGUCAAGAACAUAUUUUACCUCAAUAUAUAAGAGGUAAUUGUUUAAAGUAUUUGAUUUUUAUUAUAUAGAGGUGUGUUUCCUUUAGAUUUUGGGGUGAAAUAUGAGCUAGACUCAUUCUUGAAAGGUUUUGUGAGAUUCAGCCACAAAGCUACUGCUACCAACCCAAUAUCUCUGAUUUUAAAGAUUUUAGUCUAUAAAACAUCGAUUGUUUGAUAUUAUUUUUUUCAUAUGCAUGUAGUCAUCAUUAAAGUGUGAACAUAUAGAAAAUAAAUAGAUAUGACUCAAGUCAUAUCUCAUAUCUCAAGUCAAACCACGCAAAACGCCUUAGCAACUGCAUAGCAAUGCCCUGACAACAAUCCAGAACAUCUUAGCAACCACAUAGUGAUGCCCUGGCAACAAUCCAGAACAUCUUAGCCACCACAUAGCGACGCCCUGGCAACCAUACAGAGCAUUGUAGCAACCAUAUAGCGAUGCCCUGACAACCAUCCAGCACAUUUUAGCCACCACAUAGCGACGCCCUGGCAACCAUACAGAAAAUCUUAACAACCAUAUAGUGAUGCCCUGGCAACCUUCCAGAACAUCUUAACAACCACAUAGCAAUGCCCUGGCAACCAUCCAGAUCAUCUUAGCAACCACAUAGCGAUGCCCUAACAACCAUCCAAAACAUCUUAGCAACCACAUAGAGACACCCUGGCAACCAUCCAGAACAUCUUAGCCACCACAUAGCGACACCCUGAAAACAAUCCAGAACAUCUUAGCAACCACAAAGCGAUGCCCUGAAAACCAUCCAGAACAUCUUAGCAACCACAUAGCGAUGCCCUGACAACCAUCCAGAACAUCUUAGCAACCACAUAGCGAUGCCCUGACAACCGUCCAGAACAUCUUAGCAACCACAUAGCGAUGCCCUGACAACCGUCCAAAACAUCUUAGCAACCACAUAGCAAUGCCCUGACAACUAUCUAAAACAACUUUGCCAAUUCAGAACAUUUUAACCACCACAUAGCAACACCCUGGCAACAAUCCAGAACAUCUUAGCAACCAUAUAGCGAUGCCCUGACAACCAUCCAAAACAUCUUAACAGCCACAUAGCGAUGCCCUGGCAACCAUCCACAACAUCUUAGCCACCACAUAGAGACACCCUGGCAACCAUCCAGAACAUCUUAGCAACCACAUAGCGAUGCCCUGACAACCGUCCAGAACAUCUUAGCAACCACAUAGCGAUGCCCUGACAACCGUCCAGAACAUCUUAGCAACCACAUAGCAAUGCCCUGACAACUAUCUAAAACAACUUUGCCAAUUCAGAACAUUUUAACAACCACAUAGCGACACCCUGACAACCAUCCAGAACAUCUUAACAACCACAUAGCGACACCCUGACAACCAUCCACAACAUCUUAACAACCACAUAGCGACACCCUGACAACCAUCCACAACAUCUUAACAACCACAUAGCGACGCCCUAAAAACCAUCCACAACAUCUUAGCAACCACAUAGCGACACCCUGACAACCAUCCACAACAUCUUAACAACCACAUAGCGACACCCUGACAACCAUCCAGAACAUCUUAACAACCACAUAGCGAUGCCCUGGCAACCAUCCACAACAUCUUAACAACCACAUAGCGACACCCUGACAACCAUCCACAACAUCUUAACAACCACAUAGCGACACCCUGACAACCAUCCACAACAUCUUAACAACCACAUAGCGACGCCCU